AUGACGGCCACAAGUGCGGGCGCCACCAGGUUGCGGCCGCCAGGACGAGUGGACGACGGCCACAAGGGCAAGCGCCGUGGGCGUGAUGCUCCACAUCGCGGCUGCAUUCAGCUCCCAGGUCACCGCAGGGAAGACCUGCGCUGCCUUCCUUCGCUUCUCCUUGAUGCAGACAAGGACGCCACGCCGUCACUGCCGUGGGGAAGAAGAUAUUGGAACUCCACAGAAAAAGGAAUACUUUCUUUGAGCAGAAACUCCCAGCGCUGCAAGAGCAUGGGUAUCCACUUUACAUUAAGGGAAUCGGAGGAGAAAGCAAAGCUUCUUGUUGAAGAGAGAGAUCGUUUGCUAACAGAGAGAGAUUCUGCUCUUCAAGAAGCUCAGGUGUGGUGCUCAAAACUAGGAAAAGCUAGAGGAAAUGCUGUAAUUCUAGAAGCAGCUGUUGUCAGAGCUGAAGAGAAAGCUAGGUGUGUGUACAACUGUGUUGAGCGUGUGUGUGUAUACCUGAACUUUCAUGUUUAG